UUCACUGCGGUCCGUGUUUGCUGCGUCGCUUGCAGCCAUGCCCGACCACUCUGCUCUCCUCCUGCUGCCUUUCUUCUCCCUCCUUUUCACCGGAUUCGAGGCUUUGUCAGCGCACUCCGUGUUGUACGAGACGGACACGGUGGUGCCCGUGGAGCUGCGCUCUGGGCAGGUGCUGCAGGAAGCAUCCAGCUGGAGUGGGGGCCGCAGGAGACGUUCGGAAGGUCAGAAAGACCACAUGUUUCUGUCUCUGCCUGCUUUCGGCCAAGAGCUUUACUUAGAGCUGCAGAGGGAUGAGGCUUUCCUCUCCGAGGGUUUCGUGGUGGAAGAGCGGAGCGAAGGAGGCAUUGUCCAGCACGAGCCAAACUUUAAAGGACAGUCCUGCUUCUAUACUGGAGCUGUUCUUAACCACACGGACUCCUUUGCCUCACUGGAUGCAUGUGGCGGUCUGACUGGCCUGGUGCAGAUGAGAGGAGAUGAGACCCUGUUCAUUGAGCCAGUGGGGCAUGUGGUGGACUCCUUUUCUGGCUGGGAGCACAAGGUGGUCCGGCAAAAGCGCUUCUCCGAGGAAACCUCCCAGUCCACAAGCAACAGCCCGAAGUAUUGCCAAAUCAUCCAAGGGAAGCGGAAGGAACGGCGGUCUAAAGGCUCAGAGGAAGCUCGUGGGAGGAGAAAUGCCAUCCGUCUGACUGGAGAGUACACAGUGGAGACGGUGGUGGUGGCUGACUCUGACAUGGUGCAGUAUCACGGGGCUGAGGCUGCCCAGCGCUUUCUGCUGACCGUCAUGAACAUGGUGUAUAAUAUGUUUCAACACCAGAGUCUAGGCGUGCAGCUGAACAUUCGUGUCACCAAAUUGGUCCUCCUCCACUCCCGCCCGGAGAAGCUGAAGGUGGGCCAUCAUGGAGAGAAAGCCCUGGAGAGUUUCUGCCACUGGCAGCAUGAAGAGUAUGGAGGGGCUCGUUACCUAGGCAACAACCACGUCCCUGGAGGUAGAGAUGACCCGCCUCCUAUGGACGUAGCAGUGCUGGUCACGAGGACUGAUUUCUGUGUCCACAAGAAUGAACCCUGCGACACUGUUGGUAUCGCCUACCUGGGAGGCACCUGCAGCGCCAAGAGGAAGUGUGUACUGGCAGAGGACAAUGGACUCAACCUGGCCUUCACCAUCGCUCACGAGCUUGGACACAACAUGGGAAUGAGCCAUGAUGAUGACCAUGCCACCUGUACCGGCCAUUCCCACAUCAUGUCAGGAGAGUGGGUCAAAGGCCGUAACCCCAGUGACCUCUCCUGGUCUACUUGUAGCCGUGAUGACCUGGAAAACUUCCUCAGGUCGAAGGCCAGUGCUUGUCUGCUGCACACGGACCCUCGGAGCCGGUACCUGGUGCGCUUGCCCGCCAAAUUGCCUGGCAUGCACUACAGCGCUGACGAACAGUGUCAAAUUCUGUUUGGCACCAACGCCACCUUCUGCACCGACAUGGAGCACCUGAUGUGCGCAGGCCUGUGGUGUCUGGUGGAAGGGGACACUUCAUGUAAGACCAAACUGGACCCGCCUCUGGACGGCACAGAAUGCGGUGCGGACAAGUGGUGUAGGGCUGGUGACUGUGUCAGCAAGACGCCGAUUCCUCAGCAUGUGGAUGGAGACUGGAGUCCGUGGAGUCAGUGGAGCAUGUGCAGCCGAACCUGCGGCACCGGAGCGCGUUUCAGACAGAGGAAGUGUGACAACCCCCCGCCCGGUCCUGGAGGAAGGCAUUGUGUGGGGGGCAGUGUGGAGCACAAGGCAUGUGAGGGUCCUCCGUGUGCCAAAGGAGUUCCAACCUUCAGAGACCAGCAGUGCCAGUCCCAUGAACGCCAUGCUGGGAAGAAGAAGAGCCAAAUGUGGACAGCUGUGGUCAAUGAUGAGAAGCCGUGUGCUCUGUUCUGCUCUCCGGUGGGCAGGGAUGCCCCCGUACUGGUGGCUGAGCGAGUGCUGGAUGGGACGCCCUGCGGACCUUACGAGAGUGACCUGUGUGUGAACGGGAAGUGUCAGAAAAUCGGCUGCGAUGGCAUCAUCGGUUCCUCUGCCAAGGAGGACCGCUGUGGAGUGUGUAACGGAGACGGAAAGUCCUGCAAGAUCAUCAAGGGAGACUUCAACCACACCAGAGGGAUGGGUUACAUCGAGGCAGCUGUCAUUCCAGUGGGAGCUCGGCGAAUCAAAGUUGUGGAGGACAAGCCAUCCCACAGCUUCCUGGCUUUGAAAGACUCAGGCAAGAGAUCCAUAAACAACGACUGGAAAAUCGAGCUGCCAGGGGAGUUUGAGCUCGCCGGCACCACUGUCCGCUACGUUCGGAGGGGGCUGUGGGAAAAGAUGUCUGCCAAGGGGCCCACUAAGACGCCUCUCCACCUCAUGGUUCUCCUCUUCCAUGAUCAGUCAUAUGGGAUCCACUAUGAGUACACAGUGUCUCUGAAUCAGUCUCAGGAGAGCAGCAGUGAGGUGCAGAGAGAGCCCGAGUACCUGUACCUGUGGACACACAGCAGCUGGGAAAGCUGCAGCGUCCAGUGUGGAGGAGGAGAGAGAAAGACGAUGGUUUCCUGCAUGAGGAUUGUUAAUAAGACCAUGAUGGUGGUGAAUGGCAGCUACUGUCAGCCAGAGAACCGUCCAGCACCUCAAAUCCGCCGCUGCAACAUACACCCCUGCCAGUACAGAUGGGUGGCCAGUGAGUGGGGUCAGUGUUCUGUGACCUGUGGGGCAGGGCUGCAGCGGAGGGAUGUGGGCUGUGUGUAUCAGCUCCAGAACGGCACCUACAUCUCCACGCGGGACCUUUACUGCAUCAGCUCCAAACCAGCCAGCCUGCAGCAGUGCGAGGGGCGCCAUUGCCUCACCAUCUGGGAGGCCUCAGAGUGGACCAAGUGUUCUUCAGACUGUGGGCGGGGCAUCAGGAAAAGGACAGUAACAUGCACCAAUCCUCAAGGCCUCUGUGACCCCACCUCCCGGCCCGCCCAGGAGGAGCCCUGCGAGGAUCACUCAAGCUGCUACGAGUGGAAGACUGGAGAAUGGUCAAAGUGCUCAUCGUCCUGUGGGCGUGGUCUGCAGUCUCGGGUUGUCCAGUGUAUGCAUAGGGUGACGGGUCGCCAUGGGAGCGACUGCCCCAUAGUCCUAAAGCCCCCAGCAUACCGGCAGUGCCACCAGGGGGCGUGCAACGAAAAAGUCAAUGUCAACACCAUCACUUCUCCCAGGCUGGCUGCGCUGACAUAUAAGUGCACAGGAGACCAGUGGACGGUGUACUGCAGAGUGAUCCGGGAGAAGAACCUGUGCCAGGACAUGCGCUGGUACCAACGCUGCUGCCAAACCUGCAGAGACUUUUACGCCAACACAAUGCCCCAUAAGAGUUAAUGAUCCUGGCACUCUUUAACACGUAGCAGCUUAUUUUUGAUGUCCUUUUUGUAUUUGUCUUAAAUGACACUGUUUAUAUUAUUGUCAAAGAUUAUUGUAAGUGAAAAUCAAAUCAGUGUAAAAACAGUAACAAGCAAGGUGCAAAAUGCACACAAUGGAUUUUGCAAAUGGGAUUUUAAAGCUUUUUAAGGUUGUGACUUGAAAAAGGAGGCAAAAGGUCUAUGACUUUUUAUAUUAUUUUGCUGUAAACCAAAGUUAAUCAACGUUAAAAGGCAAUUGGAGACUUCUUUAGCAUCCCGGCUUGGCUGUUGUACAGUAAGCCAGGUGUUCUCAGAGUUUUGAAGAACCAUUUGGCUAGCAUUGCUUUCUAAAAGCCACUGGUUGGCCAAGAACCCCAGGACAGAGCGACGGGAAGUUCUUAAUAUUUCAGUAAUUACCACUCUAUCUGUAUCUCUUUAUUUUUUAUUUUUUUGGAGAUUUUUUUAAAUCUCAUUUUUAUUUUAGGAUCCCCCUUCCCAGGACGUCUUAAAGAGGUCCCUGAUAAAGUCCCUGAAAGAGGACGUAUAAUCCAGAACCUCAUGGCUCAUGAGCUCUAUAGUCAAUAUUAUCAAAGUGCUGUGUGCUUUGCUGUCGCUUUAGUUUUUUCCUCUUGUUCGUUGUCUUUAGCCUUUUCUUUGUUUGUUUAUGGUUGAGGAUUUGUGUCAGGCAAAGGGUCCCAUUGUUGUCAGAUUUCUGGUUAAGGUCUAGAGCAGUGGGCGCCAACCCUGUUCUUGGAGAUCUACCUACCUGCAGAGUCUAGUUUCAACCAUGAUUGGUAAGUUCUUGAUUGUUUGUGUGUCAGAUGCUUUAGAGAUACAAUCAUUGACCAAAGAUUGAAUGUCCUGUCAAUUUAUGUUGAGUGAUUUUUUAAGUGAAAAUAAGUUGAUACAUCCUCUACUGGGAGCUUAAAAAUGGCUUUU